AUGCGUCCAGACGGCCCCCGUGACCCCAUCGUCGGCCCUGACAGCGGUCCCGCGCCACCAUUUCCUCUCAAGCUGAACGGCGAAGUCGUCAAAGGCUUUGGACGAGGCAGCAAAGAGCUCGGCAUCCCCACAGCCAACAUCCCCCUCUCAGGCCUCACAGUCGGCGGCCACGACGACAUUGAAUCAGGCGUCUACUACGGCUACUGCUCUCUAUCUUCCUUCCCAUCCACCGUGUUCCCUCAAGUCAUGUCCAUCGGCUGGAACCCCUUCUACAAAAACAGCGUCCGCAGUGUCGAAGUCCAUGUGCUCGAAAAGUUCGAAAAAGACUUCUAUGGCUCGCAUAUGAAUUUGGUGAUUUUGGGGUUCAUUAGGCCAGAGUAUGAUUAUGUGAGCAAGGAGAGUUUGAUUGAGGAUAUUGAGUUUGAUGUGGGUGUUGCGAGGAGGGGUUUGGAGAGGGAGGCGUAUAAGAAGUUCACGGAGGAUGAGUAUCUCAAGGUGUUUGAGGGAAGGAGUGGUGUCGCUAGUUAA